GGAUGAGGAAGGAAACGGCGCAGGGGGAGACUGUGCUGAAUUCGUUCAGGUGCUGUUCUCCUCGCUGAGACAUAGAUGCUUUUCUUCGUGAAAGUUGCGGAUGCUACUGUAAAGAUUACAGGGAGGUGUAGGCGGUGCUUUUGCAAAAGUAGCUCGCCCGUUGAAACCCGGCUGAAAUUAAAAACAGAGGAGGAAUUAGACGCGCCUGUGAAACGAAAGAGAUGGACAUCUGCAGCUCCUCCGCGUCUCUCCUGCAAGAGGAGCUCGCCUCCGCUAUCGAGCCCGCGGUGAAAGCGGCUGUGCUGAGCGUCAUGUCUGCCUUAGCAAAGUUCGUGGACAGCAAGUGCGCGGUUUUCCACCUCAGACUGGACGAGAGAGACCAUGAAUUUGAAAGCGUGAGAUUGCGCUUGGAGAUAGCGGAGAGUGAGUUGAAAGCAAUAAGGGAACGGGAAUGCAUGAACACCGCCGAGAACACAACGCAGGCUUUCAGGAACACCAGUGAAAAAAAGCACGUUAAUAUCAUGCCACUACCGCGAAGGCAGAAGGAAGGGCACCGUGUGAAACGCCUUUCAUUUUUCACUGAGGGUGAAUCUGUAAACCACACAGUCCGCCACAGUAUAAUUGCACACGGGCUGCCAGCCACUGCACCGGCUCAGCCAGUCCGGGACCCGGUGCCUGCAGUCCGCACCGCACCGAAAAGCUCCCGGGUUUUAAUCCAGGAGGAUGGAAGCUAUUCCGAGCAGGACCCGCUGAGCACAAGCACAGCGGGACGGACAAGAGCACGGAAAGGUCCUGCAGAGAGAGAUGCUCUUCUUCACGCUGAGGAAGGGUCGAAGGCAGAAUCAGCUCCCAUUCAAGAGGAGCUCUUUGACCAGGAAUGGUGCAGGAGUCCAAAGCAGGGUACAGAACUGACAUCUAUUGAAGGGGAGGAGGAGGAAGCUGGACUAGAUCCUGUCCAUAUUAAAGAGGAGGACCCUAGAAUCGAGUCGGUCAUCAUUAAACAGGAGGUUCUUGAACUUGAAUCUGACCCCAUUGAAGAGGGGGGUUCUGACCACUUCUGUAGACCCCAACAGAUUCACGCUGGACAGAAACUGCAUUGCUGUACAGAAUGUGGAAAACAAUUCAGUACAUCAUCAGAUCUGAAAAGACACAGACGAAUUCACACAGGAGAAAGACCGUACUGCUGCAUUGAUUGUGGGAAGAGUUUCAAAACCUCUGCAGAUCUGAAGAGACACCGUCGCAUUCACACAGGAGAGAAGCCAUAUUCCUGUAAGUGUGGGAAGAGUUUCAAACAGUUACAACAUCUUAAAACACACCAGGAAAUCCACACCAGACAGAAGCCAUAUUGCUGCAGUGUAUGUGGGAAGUGUUUUAGUCAGUCAGGGACACUGACAUUACACCAGCGAAUUCACACAGGACAAAAUCUGUACCACUGCAUUGAGUGUGGGAAGAGAUUCAUCACAUCAGCACAGCUGAAAACACACCGUCGCAUUCACACAGGAGAGAAGCCAUACUCCUGUACGCAGUGUGAGAAGAGUUUCAAACAGCUGCCACACCUAAAAGCCCACCAGCAAAUUCACACAGGAGAAAAACCUUACCAUUGUACUGACUGUGGAAAGACUUUCAUUAUGUCAACGGACCUUAAAAGACACCAGCGGAUUCACAGCGGAGAGAAGCCGUAUAGCUGCGAUUACUGUGGGAAGAGUUUCACCCGCUCAGGAACACUGACGGUGCACCAGCGAAUCCACACAGGAGAGAAACCGUAUCACUGCACCGCAUGUGGAAAGAGUUUUACUUUCCAUUCCCAAAUGAGGAAACAUAGCUGUUUGCAGCAUGGGAAUAAAACUAACUCGAGCACAGAAGCCAAGGCGCUGUUUCAGAAGAGGCCUAAAAACCAGAUAACAAAACUCGAGAUGGACAUCUGCAGCUCCUCCGCGUCUCUCCUGCAAGAGGAGCUCGCCUCCGCUAUCGAGCCCGCGGUGAAAGCGGCUGUGCUGAGCGUCAUGUCUGCCUUAGCAAAGUUCGUGGACAGCAAGUGCGCGGUUUUCCACCUCAGACUGGACGAGAGAGACCAUGAAUUUGAAAGCGUGAGAUUGCGCUUGGAAAUAGCGGAGAGGGAAUUAAGGGCAGUGAGGAAACGGGACUGUCCGAGCACGAACAAACAGCACCUCUGCACGAACACUGACAUCAUCCAUCUAGCAGAGAAGCGAGAGAACCGCCGGAAAAGAGCUUCAUUCUUCAGCGACGGUGUGAUUGCACACGGGCUGCCAGCCCCGGCACGGGAUUGCUGCACCGCACCGGCUCAGCCAGUCCGGGACCCGGUGCCUGCAGUCCGCACCGCACCGAAAAGCUCCCGGGUUUUAAUCCAGGAGGAUGGAAGCUAUUCCGAGCAGGACCCGCUGAUGCGAGGCGAUGAACAGAGCGGAUGGACAAGAGCACAGAAAGGUCCUGCAGAGAGAGAUGCUCUUCUUCACCCUGAGGAAGGGUCGAAGGCAGAAUCAGCUCCCAUUCAAGAGGAGCUCUUUGACCAGGAAUGGUGCAGGAGUCCAAAGCAGGGUACAGAGCUGACAUCUAUUGAAGGGGAGGAGGAGGAAGCUGGACUAGAUCCUGUCCACAUUAAAGAGGAGGACCCUAGAAUCGAGUCGGUCAUCUUUAAAGAGGAGGUCCUUGAACUUGAAUCUGACCCCGUUGAAGAGGGGGGUUCGGACCGCUUUGAAAGACGGCUGCAGAUUCACGCUGGACAGAAACUGCAUUGCUGUACAGAAUGUGGGAAAAUAUUGAGUACGUCAACAGAUCUAAAAAGACACAGACGAAUUCACACAGGAGAAAGACCGUACUGCUGCAUUGAUUGUGGGAAGAAUUUCAAUACCUCUGCCGAUCUGAAGAGACACUGUCGCAUUCACACAGGAGAGAAGCCAUAUUCCUGUAAGUGUGGGAAGAGUUUCAAACAGCGACAACACCUUAAAUCACACCAGCAAAUUCACACAGGAGAAAAACCUUACCAUUGUACUGACUGUGGAAAGAAUUUCAUUAUGUCAACGGACCUUAAAAGACACCAGCGGAUUCACAGCGGAGAGAAGCCGUAUAGCUGCGAUUACUGUGGGAAGAGUUUCACCCGCUCAGGAACACUGACGGUGCACCAGCGAAUCCACACAGGAGAGAAACCGUAUCACUGCACUGCAUGUGGAAAGAGUUUUACUUUCCAUUCCCAAAUGAGGAAACAUAGCUGUUUGCAGCAUGGGCAGAAUAAAACUAACUCGAGCACAGAAGCCAAGGCGCUGUUUCAGAAGAGGCCUAAAAACCAGAUAACAAAACUCGAGAUGGACAUCUGCAGCUCCUCCGCGUCUCUCCUGCAAGAGGAGCUCGCCUCCGCUAUCGAGCCCGCGGUGAAAGCGGCUGUGCUGAGCGUCAUGUCUGCCUUAGCAAAGUUCGUGGACAGCAAGUGCGCGGUUUUCCACCUCAGACUGGACGAGAGAGACCAUGAAUUUGAAAGCGUGAGAUUGCGCUUGGAGAUAGCGGAGAGUGAGUUGAAAGCAAUAAGGGAACGGGAAUGCAUGAACACCGCCGAGAACACAACGCAGGCUUUCAGGAACACCAGUGAAAAAAAGCACGUUAAUAUCAUGCCGCUACCGCGAAGGCAGAAGGAAGGGCACCGUGUGAAACGCCUUUCAUUUUUCACUGAGGGUGAAUCUGUAAACCACACAGUCCGCCACAGUAUAAUUGCACACGGGCUGCCAGCCACUGCACCGGCUCAGCCAGUCCGGGACCCGGUGCCUGCAGUCCGCACCGCACCGAAAAGCUCCCGGGUUUUAAUCCAGGAGGAUGGAAGCUAUUCCGAGCAGGACCCGCUGAUGCGAGGCGAUGAACAGAGCGGAUGGACAAGAGCACGGAAAGGUCCUGCAGAGAGAGAUGCUCUUCUUCACGCUGAGGAAGGGUCGAAGGCAGAAUCAGUUCCCAUUCAAGAGGAGCUCUUUGCCCAGGAAUGGUGCAGGGGUCCAAAGCAGGCUACAGAACUGACAUCUAUUGAAGGGAAGGUGGAGGAAGCUGGACUAGAUCCUGUCCACAUUAAAGAGGAGAUCCCUGAACUGGAUCCUGUCUGCAUUAAUGAAGAGAUCCCUGGAAUCGAGUCGAUCAUCAUUAAACAGGAGGUCCUUGAACUUGAAUCUGACCCCAUUGAAGAAGGGGGUUCUGACCACUUCUGUAGACCCCAGCAGAUUCACGCUGGACAGAAAGAACACGGCUUCACAGUGUGUGGGAAGAGUUUCAGUCGGUCAGCAGAGCUGAAAAGACACCUACAGAUGCAAACAAGAGACAAACUGUAUCACUGUACACAAUGUGGCAAGGGUUUCACUGGAACACUUGCAUUACACCAGCAAAUUCACACAGGGCAGAAACCCUACAGCUGCACUGAGUGUGGGAAGAGUUUCACUAAUAUAGCAACACUGCCUUUACAUCAGCAGAUUCACACUGGAGAGAACCUGUACCAGUGUUCUGAAUGCAGCAGGACAUUCAUUGCAUCGGCAGAGCUGAAAAGACACCAGCGAAUUCACACAGGGGAGAAGCCGUACCGCUGCACUGCGUGUGGCAAAAGUUUCAAACAGUUGCCACACCUUAAGACACACCAACGGAUUCACACAGGGGAGAAGCCGUACCGCUGCACUGCGUGUGGCAAAAGUUUCAAACAAUUGCCACACCUUAAGACACAUCAGCGAAUUCACACAGGGGAGAAGCCGUACCGCUGCAGUGAGUGUGGCAAAAGUUUCAAACAGAUGCCACACCUUAAGACACAUCAGCGAAUUCACACAGGGGAGAAGCCAUACCACUGCACUGCGUGUGGAAAGAGUUUUACUUUCCACUCCCAGCUAAAGAAACACACAGAGUCCAGCCAUGCUGUCAGGCACACCCCCUAAAUGUGUUAAAGUCCAGCUUGGAAUAGUGAUGGUGUUCUGAGUCUUGACUGCAACAGGCACAUCAAAGAGUACAAUCUCCUUUUUCUGAACAAAAACAUUUACUAAAGCUUCAAAGUUCAUCAUCACCCAUAUAAAGAGGGAACAGGAACUACUUUAAAAAGUAAAACAGUUUUUUGUCAGAUUUAAAUGUUUCUUUUCUAUGGGGGAAAAAAAAACAAAACUGCUAAGCCAAGAUAAUUUCUCUGCCUUCUGUUUUAUUUCUUGCUUGAGUGUCUAAUCUGGAUGUUGCCAUGGUGUGGAAGAAAGAUGUAUAAAUCAUUUGACUGCGUUCCCUUUUUCAUCUCAAUCUCUACCAGCAGUACAGUUGCUGGACAGGGUCGGUGAGUCAGCUGCAAGUCUGUGGAAAGAUUUUCAUUUUGUUUUUCACGUUUGACUCUAGCCCUGUAGCAAAACCUAAGGAAGGCAUUCAUACAGUUCACAGAACAGUUCGCUCUGCCCAUGACUGGCAGGAGUAACCACUGGGGAUUCUCGAUGCCCAUAGACCUUUGUAAAGACGAUAUUGACCAAUGGUUAUUCAACUGCUUGUAUGAGUUUGCAUAUACAGAGAAUGUGUUGAUUAAAAGACCCACGCUUUCUGGAAGACGAAAGCCAACAUGUUGUAGCAAAUUGUUUAAUCAAUGACUCUUUGUCUCCAAAAAGCAUACCUAGUGAUUUUGCAUCGAAACUCUCUUAGGAUAAAAAUUUUGCUGUUUUUGAACUCUGUAGAAAGAGAGUGGGAGAGUAGCGCCUUGCUGUUGCUUUCAGACUGCAGCGAGAGACGGACUUGAAGCUCAGAUAAUGGGCUGAUUGCAUCUUUUUUUUUCUUUCCUUUUUAUAUUGAAUUGUUUGUGUUUUGUAAUUUUCUAAUUUUGUAGCAAUACCGAUGCGUUGAACCUUGCUGUUUUCUUGUCUUCCUGACUGCAACUUUCAAAGCUAUUGUGUGAGCCGGUUGUGUACCUGCAGUCUUCAGUAAAGAUUGGUGGCUGUGUUUGCAUUCAGGGCUGCCAUCCUUCAUACAGCACCAUUCUUCUCCUUAGGUGCACUCCAAUAGAGGCCCACUGGAGUUAGGGGUCGUCUAAAACUAUCGCCAGAUACAGAAAGCGUACAUACUCUAUUUGGUUGUAUUUUUAUUUACAAAUAAACUUUUAAUUUUA